UCUAGGAAAUACAUCCUCUAGCAAUAAGACCUGAAUUGCUAGAAAUGGGAACCUCUUUACAGCCGAGGCAUUUGCCUCUGGUUUAUGCUGUGGCAUUCUGCCUCAUUGCAGUUAGUGUUGCUGCUGAUUAUAGGAAGCCUUAUAUUUAUGCUUCGCCGCCGCCACCAUUCAAGCUUCCAUCAGUGCACUACCCUCCAUACCCUUAUAAGGCUCCUCCACUUCCAAAGUAUGUAAAAACACCACCAUAUUAUCACCACAAGUCACCAACCCCUCAUUAUUACCACAAGUCCCCACCACCACCAUCCAAGUCUCCAUCACCUUAUGUGUACAAGUCUCCACCACCUCCUGCUUACUUAUACAAAUCUCCACCUCCACCAUCCCCAUCACUGCCUCCUCCGUAUGUUUAUAAAUCUCCACCUCCACCAUCUCCAUCACCACCGCCGCCGUAUGUUUACAAAUCUCCACCACCACCAUCUAAAUCUCCUCCCCCUCCUUAUAUCUACAAGUCACCUCCACCUCCCUCUCCUUCUCCACCUCCUCCUUACAUUUACAAGUCCCCUCCUCCACCAUCUCCAUCACCUCCCCCUCCUUAUGUCUACAAGUCACCACCACCUCCUUCUCCAUCCCCACCUCCACCUUACAUUUAUAAAUCACCACCACCACCCUCUCCAUCACCUCCUCCACCAUACAUUUACAAGUCACCUCCUCCUCCAUCUCCAUCACCUCCCCCACCUUACAUUUACAAGUCCCCACCACCACCCUCACCCUCACCUCCUCCACCAUACAUUUACAAGUCACCUCCUCCUCCAUCUCCAUCACCUCCCCCACCUUACAUUUACAAGUCCCCACCACCACCCUCACCCUCACCUCCUCCACCAUACAUUUACAAGUCACCUCCUCCUCCAUCUCCAUCACCUCCCCCACCUUACAUUUACAAGUCCCCACCACCACCCUCACCCUCACCUCCUCCACCAUACAUUUACAAGUCACCUCCUCCUCCAUCUCCAUCACCUCCCCCACCUUACAUUUACAAGUCCCCACCACCACCCUCACCCUCACCUCCUCCACCAUACAUUUACAAGUCACCUCCUCCUCCAUCUCCAUCACCUCCCCCACCUUACAUUUACAAGUCCCCACCACCACCCUCACCCUCACCUCCUCCACCAUACAUUUACAAGUCACCUCCUCCUCCAUCUCCAUCACCUCCCCCACCUUACAUUUACAAGUCCCCACCACCACCCUCACCCUCACCUCCUCCACCAUACAUUUACAAGUCACCUCCUCCUCCAUCUCCAUCACCUCCCCCACCUUACAUUUACAAGUCCCCACCACCACCCUCACCCUCACCUCCUCCACCAUACAUUUACAAGUCACCUCCUCCUCCAUCUCCAUCACCCCCACCUCCCUAUGUGUACAAGUCACCACCACCGCCAUCUCCAUCGCCUCCCCCUCCUUAUCUCUACAAGUCACCCCCACCACCUUCUCCAUCCCCACCUCCUCCUUACAUUUAUAAAUCACCACCACCACCUUCUGCAUCACCUCCACCUCCUUAUGUCUACAAAUCUCCACCACCACCAUCCCCAUCACCUCCACCUCCUUAUAUUUACAAAUCUCCACCACCACCUUCUCAUUCACCACCUCCACCAUACAUCUACAAGUCCCCACCUCCCCCUUCUCCAUCACCACCCCCUCCUUAUCUUUACAAAUCUCCACCACCACCUUCUCAUUCACCACCUCCACCGUACAUCUACAAGUCCCCACCUCCCCCUUCUCCAUCACCACCCCCUCCUUAUCCUUACAAAUCUCCACCACCUCCAUCCCCAUCACCUCCCCCUCCCUACAUUUAUAAAUCCCCUCCACCUCCCUCACCAUCCCCGCCUCCACCAUAUGUGUACAAGUCACCCCCACCUCCAUCGCCGUCACCUCCCCCUCCCUAUAUCUACAAAUCUCCACCACCUCCAUCACCUUCUCCUCCUCCUCCUUAUCUCUACAAAUCUCCACCACCACCAUCGCCAUCACCUGCCCAUACAUACCACUACAACUCUCCCCCUCCUCCAUUGAAGUCUCCACCACCUCCCCAAUAUUACUACAAAUCACCUCCACCACCAAAGCACUACUGAGCAUGCGCUCACCAAUGAUUUGAAUAAGUUUGAAUUACUACUUCGUCUUGAUUUUGGAUAAUUCUUUCUGGCAUUGUUUCCGUUGUUGAACAAGUGUAUUUGUAAUCAAUAAUUUGGGCCAAUUAGAACCCCUCCUGCAUUUUCUUGUAAGUACUGUACUGGUCAUUUGAUUUUUUCUUUAACGAAUGAAAAAUAUUAAGAUUUCACGUACAUAGUUGCUUUGAUUUA